AUGGACAUUCAGACUCGGUAUUCCUCCAAAUCCGAAUGCUUUGAGCGAACGGUCCAAAAGGUUCUUGUAUCCAAAGAUGGCUCAUCUUCAAAAUUAAUCCGUGAAAAUCUGGGGCAAAUUCCUGUUCCUGCAAAGGAUCGACCCGAGUGGGAGUAUGUCAUACGAGCCAACAUUUGGGAUCACGUUGCGAAAGAGGAGGCCUGUAAUUGGCAGUUUGUUCUCGAGGUCUUGGAAGAGGUACUUGAUGGUCACACAAUUGACUCUUGCGUUACUAUUUUUGGUUGGGUCGAGGAUCGAAGUUCGCGGUUACUCAAGGAUCCAAAGGGAAUGGUUCCUUCGAAAGGCAAAGCACUUGUGGUCCUUCGCACUCUCAAUGCUCUCAAGGCCCGCGCUGCUCGAACAGGUUUUGCUGGUCGUAUCCUCGCCUUCCAGAGCGGAAUUUUCGACAUCACAGAGCGAAGCGGUGUCAACUUACAAGGCGAGCUCGGGUCCACUUGGAAUGGAGUCGCGAUCCCCCCGCCUGUAGGCGAGAAAGCGGAGGCAACCGAAUCUGGGGUCAAAUUGGAAGGUAGUGAUGCGAUGGAAGGAGUUGAAUCGACAGACCAGUCAGCUGCUGGAGACGAAGACAAGAAAUCGGUCGCCGAAAACAAAGGUUCUGCUGAUAGCAAGCCCGCCUCGCGAGCAGCAGAUGCAAAAGUAGACCCCGCUGAACAGCGCCGAAAUUUAUACAACACUUUCUGGCAACUCCAACUAUUUUUCGCCAACCCCCUCGUGUUUGCUGAAGGUAUCUCAGCCCAGGCUGCUGUAGCGAAUGGAAUGUACUCGAGCACUGAACCUCCCACCGACCUGAAACCCAAUGAUGUAUUCUCUGCCUUCAAGAAAGCGGUGGACACCAUCAUCCCAGUUCUAAGCGAGAGGACUAGAAAAGAUAAUGCGUUGAUGGGACGAGAGGGCAAAGGUUCGAGCGCUCCUGUUGCAGGAGUGAAGAGGAAGAGGGCCACUUCAUCCGGCGUACGGAGGAUCCGAGAUCAGAUGGAGGAUGAAAAUGCUAGAGAACUCGAAUUGGAGCGCCAGCCGCCCGAAGAUUUGGAUUUAGACAAGUACUUUUUUGCGAAAUUCUUGACUUCGCCAGACCUACUGGACUUGGAGCUGGCAGACACAAACUUUCGGAGACAGAUAUUAUUCCAGCUAAUGAUUAUGCUCAAGCACCUUUCCCUCGCGAUCCAAUAUGCCAAACCCCCUCCGGCACCUCCAGCAUCCACUCCUACACCACCCCCUCAACAGGCAAGCAAUACAACCGCCAUGCUCAUACCAAACGCCAAGUCUCUUGCGGCCAAGCAGCCUGCAUCUCCUGCUCCCACUCUUGCUCCCAUUCCAGCCCCUGCCCCCGCUCCACUUACACCUGCUGCUCUCGCUGCCCAGCAACGAAGAAAGAGACUUAUGGGCGACAUUGUUGUAGCAGUCGAAGAGGAACAGUGGGUUCGUCGCCUCGUGUCAAGCUGCCUGGACGAAUGGCGUGCAACGGGUGCUGGAAAUGUAAAAGAACUUUUCACUCGAGAAGAGCACUGGGUUGACUGGAAGAACACGAUGUGUUCGCCAUUCGAAAAACGAGGGUUUGACCAGAAAGCUUAUGCGGAAAACGCGCGAAAAACUCGCGAAGACAUGAUCCUUCGCCCACUUAACGUAUGGAGAAACCCACUGGGCAGCGCAUCCUUGACGGCGGUACCUCCCUCUAUGCAAAAGUUCGAGAAUCUCAACAAGAGCAUCAAUCUCCAAAUCCAACGGGCCGAGGCAGCGAUUGCUGCAGAGAGCGCAUUGAGGAACCCACCACCCGCACAACCGAGUCCUGCGCCCAACCAACCAGCAGAUGCAUCCACAAGUCUAGCCCCUGUAAAGGCCGAAGGGGAUACCGGGGCUCCUGGUCCCGCAACGCCCAAACCCAUGGCGAAGCCACUUGCGACUCUAGGUGUGCCUCCAAAACCCAACAUCCCCUCGCGCUCUGGGACACCAGUUCCUAUGGCUCAGCACCAAUCCUCAGUCAUUGCUAGACCGAGUGAUGAAGAAUUACCUCGCGCUCCCAAGCCCGCACCGAGGCUGACUCCAAAGCAGAGGAUGCUCGAGGAACACCAAUUGACAAAAACUAAAAUAUGCUGGCAGGCAUUGCGUGCUGCCUCCUUGCUUGGUCACACCCGAGUAUUUGGACAGAUUGGCUUGGGAAGUGUGGACCAGCUCAUCCAAGAGAUCGAGAAGGAUAAAAAGAAAUACGAAGAUGACCGUGCAAAGAGGCUCGCUGUCAAAGCAGACGAAUCAGCCAAAGCCGCUGCAGCCAGCAUUGCAAAUGAAGAAGGAAAAUCCUUGGUUGAAGCUGACAAGGUAGAAACUGAUGCCGCAGAACCAGAGAAAGUAGAAGACGAGAAGGUGGAGGGUGGGAAGCCAGAGACCAUGGAAGUUGACGCGUAA